UUCUUCUCAUUUCAUCAUGAAGCGUCAGUGGGUGUGUGUAGCGUGCAGCUCGUGGAUCUCCGUCAGUCUGGCAGUGAAGGGUUAAUGUUACAGUACAGAUACAGGACUGAGAGCCGGUGUCUAUAGGCUGCUUGUGUCCACUCGCUCCGUUACUCGCUGCAUGCUACUCUACUUUCCCCAUUCCCACAGAGAGCACCAAAGAAGAGCUCUGCACCUGCUCUACACCUUCCAGCAUGGAUGCGUUAAAAUCCGCCGGGAGAGCAAUAAUCAAAAGUCCCGGAGUUCCGCGGCACACAUGGGGAACGUCCAAGCAUGAAAAGCUCCCAGAGAACUGGACGGACACCAAGGAGACACUCUUGGAAGGGAUGGUGUUCAACGUGAAGUAUCUGGGCAUGACUCUGGUUGGCCAGCCUAAAGGAGAGGACAUGGCAGCAGCUGCUAUCAGGAGGAUUGUAGCCACGGCUCGGGCCAGUGCAAAGAAGUUUCGGAAAGUGACCCUCACUGUCUCCCCCAAAGGGAUCAUCAUCUCAGACACAGAGACCAAUGACCUCAUCGAGGACGUUUCCAUUUACAGAAUAUCUUACUGCACAACAGACAAAACUCAGGAUAAGGUCUUUGCCUACGUCUCCCAAAGCCAGUUCAAUGCAACUCUGGAGUGCCAUGCCUUCCUGUGCCAAAAAAAGAAAAUAGCUCGGGCUGUCACACUGACAGUUGCACAAGCUUUUAAAGUAGCUCUGGAUCUGUGGGAAAUCGCACAGGAAGACAAAAGUAAGAAAGCUCGCACAUGCUACUCCUGUUCAGACCCUGAAUCUCAGCCUGAAUCUGAACCAAAUAGCAUUUCAGAGGAGGAGAAGACUCAGGAUCUGAUGGAGCACAAACUUAGGAAGCCAUUCUUCCCUUCUUUCCUUUCACCAUCUCCACGCAGCAAAGCUAGGAGACGACCAAUCAAACAUGACUCCUGGGAUGCGGAAGAUGGCCUCGAUGAUGCAUUUUCAAGCAAUAUGGAGGUGGAGGAGAUGGACGCAGGUAAGUGAGACUGGCAACAUCCCGCAGCAGAACCGUGUCUGAGGAUGCAGCUUUGAGUCCAGCGGAAGAAGAUCUCCUUUCCUUCAGCAGUGAGGACUCAGACUGAACACACACACACACACAUCACUCUCACCAGCCUAUCAGAAAGUGUCCUGAACACACAACACACAACACACCCCUGCACACAAUGUGCAAAGUAUGCCUCAAUGAUGAACUCAUUCAAACCACUGCCACUUAAAACAACAACAAAGCCACAAAACAGCAGCAUAGACGUGCAUGAUUCAACUAUAGAACUCUUGAAUCCCAAAGUAUUUACAUUAUAAUACUGUAAGUUCAGGGUAAGUACUUGAUAAUACAACGUGUGAAACUGCAUGUUGUUAUGUAGUAUUCAAGCGUUUAUGUAAGCAGAUUUACUACUGUACAUAUAUCAUGUAAAAAGUGUAAAUCUUUUCAACACAUUGGUGCUAUAUUGUAGAUACUUGGGUUAUAUUAAUUAAAUAUACAUUAACUGCAAACAUGUACUUGAAAGGGAGACCAAAUGUACAUUCCACAAAGAAAACAGACGUCUGUCCUUCAGCCCAGCGUUCUUCAAGUCAGAUGGUGUGUGUGGGUUGUUUCAGUUGAGUCCUUUGUGCUGAACAAACCCACUGCAAAGCUCUCAGACAAGUGUGAUUAAACAUCAGAGAAUGUACAGUACUAGAGCCGCAUGUGUUAGGGAGCUUUAGAUGUGCAGUUUUACACUCUAGGUGAACGUUUACAAAUAUAAGUAUGUAGAAUUGUUCAGGACUGAUAUUUUGAAGCACUGUAAUUCAAUUUCAGAUAUAUAUUGUGGGUCAGGGUGACAUUUGCUUACACAAUCAUAGCAGAAACUUUUCUGUGAUCAUGGAAUUUUUAAAUAUUAUACAAAGGCCUCAAACACAUUUGAAUUUCUUUCUUCUUUAGAAUUAAAAAGAGUCUUGUGUAAAAGCCUUUCACACUUGCUUCCACCCUCAAAUGUUAGAAUUAUUAUUAUUAUUAUUACAGUAUAUUUAUAUUUACAGUACAGUGUUGCUUGUCAUCAGUGAAACCUAUUUUUAAUCUUAAUUCAUUUUAAAUAUAUGCAACUUCAUACAUUUACUGACUUUUUUUUCUCUCUUUCGAAUGAUGUCAAAAUCAUUACUGAUUUGGUUAAAAAAAUUAACACAUUCUGUCAGAUAGAUGUUGAAUAGAAAAGGCACAGACAUUUAUAUAACUUUUUUCUAUAUCUCUCAUUUCUUUGCUUUAUAAGAGCUAAAGAAUAUUACACUGUGGCUCUCAGAAAUGAAAAAUAAUCUUAUUCCCAUGAGUCCCAAUCAGUCUCUAGCAGCUAGCGUUACUACCAUUCUGCCCUUUUUACAUUAUAUUAAAAUGCACGCUCAGAAAUCUCUUCAUCAUUCUCUGAAAUCAUUAAACGUUAAGUCUUUGAGCCUCAGUGGCUCUGUCAGCUUUUUUCUCUUUUGAGCAUUUUGAAAAUGCAGUAUUUCUGCUCAGAAUUACAGAUCAAAUUUUUUUUACCAUUUUAACCAUUGUCCUGCUGAAAUAAGUUUCAUUUAAUUUAAUAGAAUAUGUACUGUAAUAGCAGUGACUACUGUAGCUAAAGGUCUUAGUUCAGUUAGUGGUGUUCUGAUUAUUUUGAUUAAUCAUAUUGAAUCUGUCUGUGAGUUAAUUAUUAAUGUUUGUUCUGAUUUGACUGUUUAUGCAAUUCACAAAAAAAUCAUUGUUUUCUGUGGAGGGAUUUGGAACACUUUCAGUGUUUAACAUUUGCAACAACAGUAGUAAAAACUUUUUUUUACAUCAUGUCUGAAAUGAUUUCUUAAAUAUUGUUCAAUCAGUAUAGAAUAUUGUGUGUGAUUUUUAUAAUGUCUUUAUAUAUUUGUUAUAUGUAUAUAUAUAUAUAUAUAUAUAUAUAUAUAUAUAUAUAUAUAUAUAUAUAUAUAUAUAUAUAUAUAUAUAUAUAUAUAUAUAUAUAUAUAUAGUAAGAAAUUGAAGUUGGUGCUUUAUGAAAAUCUAUGCAAUCUAUGUUUGGCUUUGUACACAUACAAACUGUUAUUAUUUAAACCAUCAUGAUACCAUAAUAGAGCUCAAGAGGUCAUCUGCAUAUAUACAUAGUCAUUGGUUGAUAUUUAAUAAUGUAUAAUAAAAUAUUUGUUCAAAAAUACAAUAGUCUCCUAUCUUGUGAUUUUAGAAGUUAAUUUUUAUAGUUGAAGAUGAUGUAGAUUUGAGUCUCUAUUUUGAAUAUAUUGUUCAUUUGAUUAAUUCUCUAAUAUUAUGUCAACAUUGAUGAUUCUUAAUGUAAUUUGUUUGGUGGUUGAAUGCACCAAUAAAUUAGUUUCUACUUCA